UUUCAACAAAACAAAAUGGAGGUUCGUGUGGUGCGUUGUCCGACAUAGUGCUGCUAGAAUUCUGCAUUAAACGCUGUGAGCAAAUGUGUUUCACUGCGAAUAUGUCAAAGGUCGGCCAUGAAGUGCGCGAAACAAGAAAAUCAAAUGACUUUAAUAAUACUAUAUAAAAGCAACAUCAAGACGUUAAAUUGCACAUCAGCUGUAAUUAAGUUUAGUAGUUAGAAACAAAAGAAAUCUAUAAACCAAUAUAAUAUACAUAAAUAUAUAUAAAUAGUGAAAGAAAGUGUGAAAGAGGAGGCCCGCCCCCACAACAACAACAACAUAAACGUAUAUAUAUAUUCAGGGGUUCCAGACAACCCCCCAACAUCCCAAAACGGAACUUGAACUCGAACUCGAAACCAAAAUCCAGUUCCAGUGGCAGUUCCCCGGAUUCCACCUUUUGACAACGGCCACGCGCAGAGAGCAGCAUCAAAAUUAAGCCAAUAGACGACCAAACAUAAAAAAACGCAGCGUCGCGUCUCCAUCGACGUGUAACGGACAUUUCUGUGUGCGCUGCGUUUCAAAAAUCUGAUGGAUGGAAAUGCACAAAAUAUGUUUCACGGAAAUCAUCAAGGAGAUCCCUAUUACCGUUACGAUGCGGCCGCCGCCGCAGCAGCCGCCGCAGCGGCAAAUCCUCGGGCAAUGGGCCCACCGGGCGGCUAUCCGCCGCGCCACAGAGCCCCACAUCCGCUACAGCAGCAGCCACAAUAUCCAUCGUACCAGCCAACGGCGGAGAAUCUGUACGGGCUGGGGGCCGCCGAUCAGCAUGCGGCGAGCAUGGGCGUCGGAGUCGGUGUGGGCGUUGGAAUGGGUGAUCUAAGUGGAUGGGGAGCAGCCCCCUCGGUCCCGGGACAGGCAGCAGCGUAUCCGGGUGCUGGUCUGGGGGCCUAUGGUCAUCCGCAGGCGGCUCCACCGGCGCAGCAGCAGCGCCAGAGCAAUGCCAGCGCCUACCGCCAACAUAUGCCCGCGUACGGACAGCAGGAGCAGCAGAAACUAGCUCCAUACGGCGCCCAGCAGAGCAUGAUGACGGGCUACGGGAGUCUGGCGCCCCAGCAGCAACAGCAGCAACAGCAACCGCCCACGCCACAGCAGCAACAGCAGCAGCAACAACAGCAGCAGCAGAGCCAGCAGCAGGCUCGACUGCCGCAGCACUAUCCGCAGGUCCCUGGCCAGCAUCCCCUCUAUCCCGGCGUGGGAGUGGGCGUGAGUGGGGCACCGACAAGUGCUCUUCAAGCGGGACAACCGGCCGCACCGCAGGCCUAUGCCCACAGUCCGUACGGCAGUCCGAUGCAGCAUCAGCCGGGACGGGGUGCCCCCCAGCAUGUGGGCUACGGGCAUGCGGGACUCGAUCAGGCCUCGGCCUACGGCCAGCAUGUGCCGAGUGCAGCGCCCCCGGGCCACCAUUUGACCGCGCAGCAGCAGCAGGCAGCGCAGCAAUUGGGGGCCCACCAGCAGCAGCAGCUCCAAUCGCAGCAACAGCAGCAGGCGCAACAACAGCAGCAGCCGAAUCAUGUGGGUCUGAUGCAGCAGCAGCAACAGAUCCCAGGAGCCGGCCUGCCGCCACCACACAUGGGCAUGCCGCCCAGCUAUGGGAGCCACCACCAGCAGCAGCAGCAACAGGUGAACCCCCAGCAGCAACAACAGCAGCAGCAGGCUGCGCCUCCCUACAUGUCCUCGAGCAAGCAUCAACAGGCGGCGGCACAGCUCAACUCAUCGCCACAGUACAGGGCGCCGUUCCCCCAACUAUCGCCACAAAUGUCGCCACGUCCGCCCACCAUGUCACCUCAUCCACAGAUGUCACCGCGACCGGUGGGCGUAUCGCCAGCGAAGCCACCGCCACAGAGCAGUCAGGGACAACAACAGCAGCAACAGGUGAACGCUCAGCAGCAGCAGCAGCAGGUGAACACCCAGCCCAGCCAGCACAGCAUACAGGGAAUGGUGGGGCUUCCGUCGCCCAGGCCACAGCCACCGGUCGGUGGGAACACGGUGGGAGCCAUGCCGCCCAGUGUCGGUGUGGUUCCUACACCGGUAAACACUCUCCAGGCCCUCGAACAAAUGGUAAUGCCCACCCAGGCGCAUGGCCUGCCACCAAUGGACUAUCCUUCGGCGUACAGGAGUGCUGUUGUGGGUCCCAGGAUGCCAGCCUCACCAUCACCACAGCAGCAGCAGCAUCACCAGCAAUGGGGUGGCCCCCAGCAUAUGGCGGCCAUGCAGCAGCAACAGGCACAGCAGCAGCAAGUGCAACAGCAGCAGCAGCAACAAGCACCACCACCCGCCGCACAGCAGCAGCAGCAGGCGGCGGCAAUGUUACAGGCAGCCCAGCAGCAGCAUCACCAGCAACAAUUAAGCAUGUACGGCCAGGCAAUGGGGCAGCAGCAGCAGCAACCACAGCCAACACAGCAGCAACAGGUGGUUGUGCCACCAGUGGUCGCACAGCCGCAGCCACCAGUGGCAACACCACAACAGCAGCAACAACAACAACAACAGCAGCAACAGGUGCAGCAGCAGCACCAACAGCAGCAACAGCAACAACAACAGCAAUCCCUCAAUGACCAACUGCAGCAUUCCAUCAACGAUAUUGUGGGAGGAGGCGGUGGCAGCUCUGGAGGAAGCAGCAAUCAACAGCAGCAGCAGCAGCCCCAAAUCUCGGCCAUGUCCUCGCCUUUGCAUCAGCAGAGUCUCCCCAGCAUGCAUCAUUUGAUGCAACAGCCCAAUAUGGAGGCAGCAGCAGCAGCACCUCCGCAACAGCAGCAGCAGCAGCCACAACAACCAACGUUGACAUCGCCGCAUCAUCAGUUGCAACAUCAAUCGCCCAUACAUCAACAGUCGCCACAUCACCAACAGCAGCAGCAGCAGCAUCUGCCGACUUACAAUCAAUCGCAGGUGCAGGUGCAGUCGCAGGCGCAGCAGCAACAGUUUGACCCGUUUUCCAAUAUAUUGGGUGAUGCCAGCAGUCAGGCGGCAGCGUCGGCAGCACAACCACAGGCGCAGGCCCAGGCACAGCAACAGAUCAUGUCGCCGGCCCAUGUGAGUUCCCCAAUACCACAACAGAUGCAGCAGCAGCUGCAGCAGCAGACCCCACAGCAGCAGCAACAGCAGCAGACCCCCAGGCAAGUCCAACACCAGCAGGCCCCCACGACACCCUCCCAUCAUUUGAGCAGCAUACUUAAUGAGACCGCUAACUCCAAUGAUUCGUCCACUUUGGCUGUGGCCGCGAAUGACAGCAACAACAGCAGCAGCAACAGUAGCACCAACAGCAUCGUGAACAAUCAGCCAACGUCCGUUCACGACAGCAACUCGCAGAGCAGCAUCAAUAGCAACAAUCAACAGCAGCUCCUAAUGGAUAGAGAUACGAAUUCGCAUGGGGCGACUUCAGAGCACUCCACACAGCAUGCGGUGGGCGUAGAUGUGGGGCUGUUUGAUCAAAAUUCCAUGUCCUCGUCGAGUGCGGCAGUGGCUGCUGUGGCCUCGAAUGCUGCCUCGGCAGCGGCUGCACUGCUGGACAGCAAUUCGCAGUCAUCGAAUACGGAAUUCGAGAAAAAUCAAAGCGAAAGUGAGGGUUUGAGUGGCAGCACAGGCACAGGAGGUGCCGCCUCUGUAACCGAAACGGAACUGCCACAAGAUGAGACGAGCAUGUCCAAGACGCAGGAUAUAGCAUCCAUGGGGGCCACAGAGCUGCUGCCAGUGGUGGGGCAAGAUGAUCUGCUGGACAAGACCACAGAGGAGCUCGAACAGACAACAUUGAGCCAGCCAGAUCUCUCGACCUCUCUCUCAGAGGACCCGAAAUCCGGGGAGGAAAUGUCUGAAGAGAAAUCCCAGCCAGCAACAGCCGUGCAGACGGAAAGCAAUACCCCAGCAGCACUCACGGGACCGGGUGCGGGAGCGGUACCGCCUGCUAUUCCUCCGAUGGGUAUGCCUUUGCAUCCUUUGGCCCCGGGCUAUGAUGCACAGGCACAGGUUAUGCCUCCAAUGCUGCCACCAUAUGCAGCAGGAGCGGGCAUGUAUCCCCCCUAUCCGAUGCUGCAUCAACAGGAGAUAGCGGCACUGCAACAGCAGAUCCAGGAACUGUAUUGCAUGCCCCCGGGCCACGAGCAUCAGGACAAGUUGAUGCGCCUGCAGGAGCGUUUGAAUCUGCUGCAGCAGCACGAGAUGGCCGAACAGUGUGCGGGCGGGCCGCAGUGUGUGCUCUUCCAGAGCAUGCCACCGUACAUGGCAGGGGGACCGAAUCCUCUGCUCAAUCAGCAGAUGGUGGAGUCUCCCCAGGUGUCCUCGACCACGGGCAGGGGACGCAAGGGUGCGAAUAAACCAAGGAAACCGCGUGCCAAAAAGGGCGACAAAGCGGGACAGGCGGGCAGCCAGCAGGAUCUGAUGGACAUCAGCGGGAAUGUUGUGGUGGCAGCAGCCAACGCUGCCAUUCCCACCACACAGCUGCCUGUUUCCGAGGAUUGUGUGACCCAAGGAGCGGGCGACACGAGUGUCGUAGGGAUGCUCGAGUACAGCGAGGGCAUGGGAGAUCUGUCGCAGGAUGUGCACUCGGCCAACGAGCUGGACACCUCCACCGAUGGCAGCGGCAAAAAGAAGAAGCCGCGCAAGCCCCGCACCCCCAAGGACCCCAACAAACCGCCACGCGACAGGACGCCCAAAGUGAAGAAGACCCGUGAUCCCAUGGAUCCCAAUUCCACAGAUUCCCCGGGUGCUGGCCGCAAACGCGGCAGUGUCGGGAAGCGUCGCAAGCAGUACGGCGAGGAGGGUGCGGAACCACCAGGAGACGGCAGCGAAGUGGAGGAUAACAAGCCGCUGGUCCCCAAGUCGGGAUCCGCUGAUGCCGAUGGCGAAGCCGAGCCCACAUCCGGCGGAGGUGGGGCAGGAGUCGAUGGCGAGUCGCCCGACUAUGACGACAUUCCCGUGUCGAAGAUUCCACGCAGCGCAACUGAAGAGGAUAAGGAUCCCGAGGCGGGAGACGAGACUGUGGAUUCAGUGCCGGACUCUGCAGGUGAUGCUGCCUCGACGCCCAGUCGCAGGGAUCGCAAGCGAUCCACCGCGAGGAGUCGCCGCAAUGCAAACUCCGAGGAUGGAGGCAGUGCCCGGCGCAAUCGUGGUUCCCUGUCGGCCAAGGCCCUCAAGAAGCGAAGGAAUCGCGGAAGGAUUGUACCCGAAUCCGAUGGCGAAGACGAUACCAUGGAUCGCACGCCCCCGCCAUCGCCACCACCCGACUCGGAGCUGGACUCGAACAAACGCCGCUCUUCGAGGAACACACAACGCAAGAAGUACGUCGAUGAUGUGAUGCUACGAUUCUCCGAUGACGAGAAUUCCCUGCUGGUGGCAUCGCCCGUCAAAAAGGACAAGAAAUCGUCGGCCGCGGCCAAUGCCGCCAACUCGAAUGCCGGCAGCGAUGUGGAGAAGGCAGAGCCCCAAUCUGGUGCCGAGGGUGAGGCUGGGAACUCUGCGGGCGAGGGCGAGAAGCCUUCCCUGGCGAUGGACGAGAACAGCCAACUGGAGGCCAGUUCCAGCACCUCGGCAGCAGCCGCCGCUGCAGCAGAAAAGGAGCGUCAAAGCUCGAGCGAUGCGGCAUCCGCUGCUAUGUCCUCGAAGCCCAAUUAUGUGUACAUCAACACUGGAGAUGAGGAUAGCAUGGUGGUGCAACUGGUGCUGGCCAUGCGCAUGGGCAAACGUGAGCUAAUCCCCGAGGUGCCCAAAGAGAAGACGCCCGAGCCGGAGCCAGCGAAAACGCCGUCAUCGCCAUCGCCAAAAGAGGAAACAGUGGCAUCGGCAGACAGUGAAGAUGCUACGAAAAAGGAUAAAGAAACGGAAGAUACACUCAAAACCGAGGGAGAAACCGAAACUGAAUCCAAGGAUGGGGAAAGCAAACUUGAGGAAAAGGAAAAGAAACCAAAACCAGAAACAGAGUCCUCUGAAAUGGAAGUCGACGACACGAAAGAGGAACCUCUCGACAAAGAAGAAACGGAGAAAUCCGAAGAAGAAUCCUCGGAAAAAUCCGAUGAGGAGAAAAUGGAAAUUGAUGAAACUGAAACGACUGAAGCGACAGCUGUAAAAUCCCCAGAGGAACCAAAAUCCGAGGCAGAAGAUGAAGAAGCCGCCAAGACUGAUGAAGAAGAAACCGCCGCCACUGUGGCACCCGAGGAAGAGGAUAAGGAAUCGGAGACCGAGGAUGAGACCAAGGAAUCAGAGACCUCCGACAAAAUGGAAGUGGAUGAAAAUGUCGGAGACUCGCCAAAGUCACCAAAGCCAGCAGCAGCAGCAGCAACAACAGCAGAAGAAGGGGAAGCUGAGGAGGCCAAGACAAGCGUCAAGAGUCCAUCCUCCAAGACAGAGGAAACAGAUGAAACAAAACCUGCCGCGGAGAAGGAAUCCACAGAUAAAGAAGCCGCGCCCAAAGUGGGUGAAGAAAGCGAGAAGAAAGAAUCAAGCGAUGAAGAUGGGGAUUCGGAAGCGAAGGACAAGGAGAACAAACCGGAACCCGUUUACAUCGAUGUAGAGGAAUAUUUCGUGAAAUAUCGUAAUUUCAGCUACCUCCAUUGCGAGUGGCGCACCGAGGAGGAGCUGCUCAAGGGCGAUCGCCGUGUGGCCGCCAAGAUACGUCGCUUCCAGCAGAAGCAAGCCCAGCAGGUGAACAUCUUCGAGAACAUCGAAGAGGAGCCCUUCAAUCAGGACUUUACCGAAGUCGAUCGCGUGCUCGACAUGUCCGUGCAUACGGAUGAGAACAGUGGCGAGACCACAAAGCAUUAUCUCGUCAAGUGGAAGUCCCUGCCUUACGAGGACUGCACCUGGGAGCUCGAGGAGGACGUUGACAAUGACAAAAUCGAGCAGUAUCUGCGCUUCAACAAGACCCCAUUGCGUUGCGAGUGGAAGAGCCGCAAGCGUCCGCAUCCCGAACAAUGGAAGAAGCUGGAGAAGACGCCCAUCUACAAGGCGGGCAACAGUUUGCGUCCCUACCAGCUGGAGGGUCUCAAUUGGUUGAAGUUCUCCUGGUUCAACACCCACAACUGCAUACUGGCCGAUGAAAUGGGUCUCGGCAAGACCAUACAGAGCUUGACCUUUGUCCAUUCGGUUUAUGAGUUUGGAAUACGAGGACCAUUUCUGGUUAUAGCCCCCCUUUCGACGAUACCCAAUUGGCAGCGAGAGUUUGAGGGUUGGACGGACAUGAACAUUGUGGUGUAUCACGGUUCGGUGACCAGCAAACAGAUGAUACAGGACUACGAGUUCUACUACAAAACGGACAGUGGAAAGGUGCUGAAGGAGCCCAUUAAGUUUAAUGUACUUAUAACCACCUUUGAGAUGAUUGUCACGGACUAUAUGGACCUCAAGCAAUUCAAUUGGCGUCUGUGCGUGAUUGAUGAGGCACAUCGAUUGAAGAAUCGGAAUUGUAAACUCCUCGAGGGAUUGCGACAGCUGAAUCUGGAGCAUAGGGUCCUACUGUCGGGCACACCACUCCAGAACAAUAUUAGCGAACUGUUUUCGCUGUUGAAUUUCCUCGAGCCCGCGCAGUUCUCCUCCCAGGAGGAGUUUAUGUCCGAAUUCGGAAACCUUCGGAAUGAGGAGGAGGUGAACAAACUGCAGGCACUGCUGAAACCCAUGAUGUUGCGGCGUCUCAAAGAUGAUGUCGAGAAAUCGCUGGCCCCCAAAGAGGAAACCAUCAUCGAGGUGGAGCUCACGAAUAUCCAGAAGAAGUACUAUCGCGGCAUACUCGAACAGAACUUUAGUUUCCUGAAGAAGGGCACCACAUCGGCCAAUAUACCCAAUCUGAUGAACACCAUGAUGGAGCUACGCAAGUGCUGCAUUCAUCCAUAUCUGCUCAAUGGAGCCGAGGAGCAGAUUCAAUACGAUUUCAAGUCGCAACAUGGCGAAGAUCCCGAGUCCUAUUACAAGAAUUUGAUUCUAUCGGCGGGUAAAAUGGUGUUGAUUGACAAACUCCUGCCCAAACUGAAGGCUAAUGGUCAUCGCGUGCUGAUCUUCAGUCAGAUGGUACGCUGCCUGGAUAUUCUAGAGGACUAUCUGGUCUACCGGAAGUAUCCCUUUGAGCGGAUCGAUGGACGCAUUCGCGGUAAUCUCCGACAGGAAGCCAUCGAUCGCUACUCGAAACCCGGCUCCGAUCGCUUUGUCUUCCUGCUCUGCACGAAGGCAGGCGGAUUGGGCAUCAAUCUGACGGCGGCCGAUACGGUGAUCAUCUACGAUUCGGACUGGAAUCCCCAGAAUGAUUUGCAGGCCCAGGCCCGAUGCCAUCGCAUCGGGCAGCGCAAAAUGGUGAAGAUCUAUCGUCUGCUCUGCAGGAACACCUACGAGCGGGAGAUGUUCGACAAGGCCUCGAUGAAGCUCGGACUCGACAAGGCCGUCCUCCAGUCGAUGAACACCCAGGGCUCCAAGGAUGGCAACAACAAGCAGUUGACCAAAAAGGAGAUUGAAGAUCUCCUCAAAAAGGGUGCCUAUGGGGCCGUCAUGGACGAUGACAAUGCCGGGGAUAAGUUCUGCGAGGAGGAUAUCGAUUCGAUCCUAAAGCGACGCACUCAGAUCAUUACCAUGGAAUCGGAGAAAGGUUCAACCUUCUCGAAGGCCUCCUUUGCCGCCUCCGGCAAUCGAUCGGACAUCACCAUCGAUGAUCCCGACUUUUGGACCAAAUGGGCCAAGAAAGUGGACAUAGACCCCGAUGCCUGUGAACGCGACGAGACCGAAGAUCUGGUACUCUCCGAGCCACGACGACGCACUCAGAUCAAACGCUAUGGUCAUGAGGAUGUAAUGGAGCUCAAUUCUGAGGAUUCGUCGAAUGAAAACAGCGAUGAAGAGGGCGGAAUAGGUCUACGUUCGCGACGCCGCAAGGAGAAGCGCGAUCGCGCCAGGGACAAACGAGAGAAAGGCCAUGAGGAGUACUUACCACGUGAGCGUGAUGCGUUGGCCGCCCUGGGUUUGGAGGAGAUUCAGUAUGGCAAUUGGGCAAAAUCCGAAUGCUUCAAGGUGGAAAAGGGUCUGCUUUCCUUUGGUUGGGGCCGUUGGUCAGAACUAUUGGAAUUGGGAUCAUUCAAGCGGGGCUGGCGUGAUAUUGAUGUUGAGGAUUGUGCACGCAUAAUUCUUCUCUACUGCCUGCAGGUUUACAAGGGGGACGAGAAGAUCAAGACAUUCAUCUGGGAUCUCAUUACGCCCACGGAGGAUGGAGAGGUGCAGAAGAUCAGCAGGGAUCAUAGUGGCCUACACAAUUUGGUGCCACGAGGACGGAAUGGAGGAAAGUCGAAUAAGGAGUCCACUGGCAGCUCCACACCAGCACCGGGCACUGCCUCGGGCAGCAACAGUGGCAACACGACCCCCGCACACAAGUCGAGUGCUCUGGAUGGAAGUGGAGACAAGGAUGGACUCGGCGGUGGAGGAGUCAGUGCCAGUGCUGUGGCUGCAGCUGUUGCCACUCCCAUGAGCAUCCAUGAUCCAAAUCACUGGAGCAAGAAGGAGAAGUACGAUGCGGAUGCCUAUCUUGAAGGCGCCUACAAGAAGCAUUUGGGCAGACACGCCAAUAAGGUUUUACUGCGCGUACGAAUGCUCUACUACAUACAGCACGAGGUGAUUGGUGAAUUCGUUCAACAGAUCAAGGAUAACACUCCGAUCAGCGAGCUCCCCAUUCGCCCGCCGCCAACGCCAGAUCAAGUGCCAUCCUCAUGGUGGAAUCCCAUUUGUUGUGAUAAGAGUCUAUUGGUCGGAACCUACAAGCAUGGCUGUGAAAUGUAUCGUCAAAUGCGCGCCGAUCCCAAUCUGUGCUUUGUCACCCAUGUGGGCGCCGGUGCCGGUGACGAUUUGGCCGUCACGAAUUUGCCGAUAAUCGAAGAUGAUGCAAAUUCUAAGCACGAUGACGGCGAUGAGGUCGACGAUGAUGGGACGACAACGACCAAAGAUUCGGACUCCACAAAGUUGACGGGUGGCGACAACAAGGACUCGCUCGAUCCGGAGCGUCCCAGUUCGUCGGGUAAGACCAUCAUCAGCAGCAGUAGCAGCAGCGGCGAUGGAAACGGCACCGAAGCGGCCACCAAAGCUAAAGCUAAAGCGAAUGCUAAUGCCAGCAGUAACCUGGAAUCGUCGUCGUCUGGCCCGACUGAGGGCAAUGGCAGCGCCGUCGAGGCGACCACCGAUCAGCAGCCAGCUGAAGCACUCCCAGAAUCGGCAGACUCCCAGAAUCAAGAAACGAAAAGCACAAAAGAUAAGGCUAAGAGCGAGGUACCAUCCGGUGAGGCGGUCGGAGCUUCCAGCUCAAUCUCGGGCGGCACCACAUCCUCCUCCUCCUCGACGCCUGAAGCUGACUCCAGUUCGGCGGAGGCAGGAGGAGAUGCUGCUGCGAGUGGGGUCGAAGCGAUGACUGUCGACUCCGGAGAAGUAACCAGCGCAUUGGACACUGAAAUGGAAGCUAAGACAAAGAACCAAAACAAAAGCAAUGGCGAGGAGGCUUCUACGACAGCUGCUGCUGGAGGCACCGCCGAGGAUGCCGCUGCCAUUGCUCUGGCCGAUGCUGCCGGCUCACCCGAAUCAUGCACUAACGCUACCACAAAUAUCACCACCACCACCACCACUACUACUACUACUACUUCCAUAACCAAUCCAUCAUCCAACACCACCACCACAACCACCUCAGCGUCUGCAGCGGCGACGGCCAAUUCAAACACCGAAAAUGCUAACUCCAACUCAAAUUUAGGCCUGGACGAGGAGGAGAGUGUCGCCGGUAGUUAUCCACCGACAGUGGCCGCUGUCGAGGAUGCCACCACCAUGUGGCCAUCGAUGCAGGAUCUGAAUACGCGGCUUCGACGCGUCAUCACCGCUUACCAGCGCAACUACAAGAAGGAAGAGCUCAAGCAGCAGCAGAAGGCCAAGCUACAGGCAUUGGUCUCCUCAACGCCACCUCUAUCGGUGCCCACAACGCCCACCCUUCAGUCCAUGCAAAUGCAAAUGCAGGGCGGUAGUGGCAACGCCGGCUCCUCGGUCGGUGGCUCCAAUUCGAGUGGCAUCGGCAGUGGGUCGAGCAGCCAGCUGCAACAGCAACUCGAUCCGAGUGGACGCAGCCUUCAGGCACUGAUGCAAUCGCAGGGCGCCAGCACAUCGGCAGCGGCGGCCGCUGCAGCAGCCGCAGCCGCUGGCGGCUCAGCGGGUGGAUCGGGGUCGACGGGCGGCGGCCAUGGAAUGGGACAGCAGGGCGGCGGAUCGACGGUUCCGGCGAUGCCCACCGCCGCCGAUAUCAGCCUAAUGUUGAGCAUCCUCAACACCACCGACGUCAGCCAGUUGGCCAAUUUGGAUAUCAAUAAGCUGGCCAUGUACCUCGUCAGCAUGAACAAUAAAAUGGAACGCCAGGGCAAAAUGGAGAUGGCGGCCAAGGAGCGCGAGGCCCAGCGACUGCAGCUUAUUCCCAAAAAAUGGAAUCGCCGCGAGGAGUACGAGUUCCUGCGCGUUCUCACCGGCUACGGUGUGGAUUUGCAUUUGACCACACCCAUGGGCGGAUCAAUGGGAGGCAGUGGCAGCAGCCUCACCCCCGACUGGACAAAAUUCAAACAGAUGGCCCAUUUGGAGCGAAAGAGCGACGAAACUCUGACGGACUACUACAAGGUCUUUGUGGCCAUGUGCAAGCGUCAGGCGGGGCUCAAGCUGAGCGAAUCGGAGCGCGGACUGGAGGGCAUCAUCGAGGAGAUCGAGAAGGAGCAUGCUAAGCUCAUACUGGACCGACUGGAGCUGCUAUCGAAAUUGCGCGAAGUGGCGCGCAAUCCGCAUCUGGAGGAGCGACUCAAGAUGUGCGCCAUGAAUGCGGACACCCCCGACUGGUGGGAGCCCGGACGCCACGACAAGGAGCUGAUUGCGGCAGUGCUUAAGCACGGACUCUAUCGCUCGGAGACGUUCAUCUUUAAUGAUCCCAACUUUAGCUUUUGCGAGUCGGAGAAGCGCUUCAUCCGGGAGUUGGAGGCACAGAUUCAGCGCACCAUUAAGCUGGAGGCCUUCAAUGCGGAGAAGGCGGAGAAGCUGGCCGCGGCAGAGAAGGCAGCAGCGGCAGAAGUAGCAGCAGCGUCGGCAGCGGCAACAGCAGCAGCAGCUGCAGCUGCUGUUAAGAACGAGGUGAUCGACUUGGACGAUGAACUGAUGACCGAUAAGAGUGUAAUAAAAAGGGAGGCGACUCCUGCCACGACGCCCGUCAAAGAUGAGGUCAAGGCGGAGGAGGAGAGCCCCGAGAAGAAGAAGGAAACACCUGAAUCCCCGAAGGAAGCUUCCGCCAAGAAGAGCGAAGAGGAGGAGGCCGCGCUUGUUGCAGAGGCAACAGAAGAUGCAUCCAAAAUCAAGGAAGAAGAUGCAGUCAAGGCAGACUCCUCUCCAGUGAAAGAGCCUAUCCUACCCGCCGCUGAGGAAAAGUCCAGCGAAGCGGAGAAGGAUGCAUCUGCUGCAUCAGAUGAGUCCAAAUCCAGCGAAGAUAAAAUGGAAGGGGAUGAGCCGAUAGCCGAAAAUGGGGAGGAGAAGGAUGAUGCUACGACGACGACAUCACCAGAAGUGGAGGCAGAGGAUGCAUCCACAGAGUCUGCAUCAGCGGAGGAGAAAAAGUCGAAAGCCAGCGAUGAGGCCAAGGAAAAAACCGAAUCCGUGGAAGAUGAAACCUCCAAAAUGGAGAUUGACGAUGGAGAAGUGGUUGCCACAGAGGAGAGGGAGAAGGAGAAGUCUGCGGCAGUGGAAUCAUCAGCAGAGAAGGAGCUCUCCACCGAAAAGGAUGAACAAACCUCCGUUGUAGAACCAAAAGGUGAUAAGUCUCCCUCCAAGGACAAAACUGAGGAGAAAGAUAAAGACAAAGAGGAGAAGAAGGCGAAGGCACCUUCCGAAGAGGCAGAAGCUUCAGUGGAGAAAACGCCAACGCCAGUGGAUGCAGAGGCAGAACUUACUGUCACACCCCCGAAAAAGGCGACAGAGAAGCCACCAAGUGAAGAGGAAAUCCUGGAUCUGGUUGCUGCCGGUCCACCCACCGAUCCCGACGACGAUGAGGUGAUGAAGGAGAAGGAGAAGGCCGUCGAGGAGGAGUGCAAGAAGCAAGCCGCCGAGCUGAAGGCCCGCUUCCCCGAUCUCGAGGUCAUCCAACCAGCCACCGUGAAGCAGCAGAAGCUCGAGAAACCGAAGCUGGAGAUGUGCAUGAUUCGCUGGUUCAAGGACUUCGCAUUGGAGCGACGCAUCGCCCACAUCGUCACGUGUGUGGAGGCCAACAAGUGGCCGGUGGACAGCAAGUACAGUGCCUUUGCCAGCUGCAAGGGUGCCACCGAUCUGAAUAUCGCCCUGCACGAGUCGAUACCCCAUCUGAUGAACAGCGUGGAGCGACGCUCGACCACACCCGAUGUGAUCACCAUCACGACGGAUCAGGGCGUCACGAAGCAUCUGCAGGCAUCGCAAAUGCAGCAGGUGGCUGCCAGCGGCAGCAGCAGCAACAACAACAGCUCCUCCGCGGGAGGACAACUCUCAUCGGGAAUGGGAUCGGGAUCAGGAUCCCUGAAGCAAUCGACGGCGACCACGCUGCCAGGUCUCGAUGCCAAUAGCAUCAAUGCGGCGGUGGCUGCCGCUGUGGCCGCUGCAGCGGCUGGUGGGAAUCCCACAUCGCUGUCAUCCCUGCUGCCAGGCAUGUCCCUGAGUGCAGCAACCGCAUCCUCGGGGUCUAGCAGUGUCGGUGGGGGCUUGAGCGUCCCCAGUGGCAUGUCCUCCAGUGCUGGCAAGAAGCGCAAGCGUCACAUUGCCAUCGAUGUGGAGACGGAGCGGGCGAAACUGCACGCCCUGCUCAACAGCUCAACAAUGGCACCCAAAGAUUGGGAGAGUGAAAUAGCCAAUAUGGAGGCUUUGACAGGCACUGGCUCUGGACGUGGACGUGGCGGAAGCGGCGGAUCCUCCUCGGCUGCCCUGAGUGGCAUGCAGCCGCCGCCGGCGCAUCAGCACACCUCCCUCUCGCGACAGCAAUCGUCGGGACAAUUUAGCAAGCCCGCUGUGCCGGCCAUGAAGACGCCUCCACCAUCCAUGGGUGCGCCCAUGGAUCUGUCCUCAAGUCUACCCAAAAUGAACAUGACGGAAAUGCUCAAGUCAGCCUCUAGUGCGGGGGCCAUCGAUCUAAGCGAAGUGCAGGACUUUUCCAUGCCAUCGAAAAAGUCGAGUGUCCAUGCUGCCCUCAGCAGCGCCUUCCCCUCGAUGGGGGGCAGCAAGAGCAAACUGGAUGAUACGCUCAACAAAUUAAUGAAAAAGAAUAAUUGCACCAUUGAGGAGCCAGUUAUUGGCAAAGAAAAGAAACGCAAGAAGCUGGAUGAGAUCGUUCUGGGUCUCUCGGCCGCCAAGGAGCAAAAGACCUUCCCGGAUCCAUCGUUGCCAUCCUCGAAGAAGCCCCAGAUUCCGCCGAGUGUCUCGGUGACGCCUGCCAAUAUGCAAUCGUCGUCCAGCCAGCAGCAGCAAUCGAAUCAAAAACCCUUCACCAUCACUGUUACCACAGUGCCCGGAAAGUCCAAGGGCGGAUCAUCAGGAGGAGGCGGCGCAAGCUCCUCGGGCAGCGGCAGCGGCGGCGGGGGCUUGAGCGCCCUGCAGAACAUGGCCAUGGGCGGACUGUCGUCAAAGGACAGCCUGAAUGCCUUGCUCGCACAGACCAUGGCCACCGAUCCGCAGACGUUCCUCAAGCAGCAGCAGAAGAUGAUGCAAUUCCUGCCCCCUGCCCAGCGCAAGGCCUACGAGAACAUGCUCGCCGAAAUGGAGCAGGCGAUGAAGCUCAGCUCCAAGUAUUCCAAUUCCCCCCACGACACCAAGGUCAACAAGUGGCUCUCGGACAUGACCAGUCCACUGAGCGAUCAGCUAAGCAUUGACUAUGUUGGCGGUGGCGGCGGAGUCGGCAGCAGCGGAGCUGGUGGCUCCUCCUCAAAUAGUCGCCGCUCCAAUCGAGGCGGCGGCAGUUCCCAGCAAUCUGCAAGUGCGGCACAGCUCCAAAAGCAGCAGCAGCAACAACAACAGCAGCAGCAACAACAGCAGCAGCAGCAACAACAACAGCAGCAGCAGCAGCAACAACAACAACAACAACAACAGCAGCAACAACAGCAGUCGAUGGCAGGGCCACAGAACCUCACGGGAGAGGAGCCAGUGCCAGUGAUUAACAAGCAAACGGGCAAGCGUCUGGGUGGCAACAAGGCACCGCAACUGAAGCGAUUAAUGCAAUGGCUCACGGAGAAUCCCAACUAUGAGGUGGAUCCCAAAUGGCUCGAGCAAAUGCAGAAUCCCAUGUCUGCUCCCUCGCCAAAGCCCAGCUCAAUGGACAGCUAUGGCUCGCCGGCUGUGAAGUCGCAUGGCGGACGACCCUCUUCGAAUUCCAGCAAUGCCUCUUCGUCGUCCCACAACCAACAGCAGCAACAGCAGCAACAACAACAGCAGCAGCAGAGUGCCGCUCAAUCGCCGGCUGGCAAUCAAUCGAGCCAAUCAAAGAAGUCGUCGCGUCAACAGUCGGCUGCGGCGGCUGCCUUGGAUCAGGCGGCGUUGCAGUUCAGCUCGCUGGCGGGACUCAAUCCCAGUUUGUUGGCCAAUCUGCCGGGACUGGGAGGCUUCGAUCCGAAGAAUCCGCUGGCGGCCUUUGACCCCAAGAAUCCGCUGCUCUCGAUGCCCUUCGGGGGCAUGCCUGGAAUGGCGAAUCUCCCCGGAUUGGGCAAUCUAAACAACAUGAAUCUGUUUGCCAGCCUCGCGGGCAUGGGAGGAUUGGGUAAUCUGGCGGGAAUGGACGCCAAUUCGCUGGCUGCGCUCAUGGCUGCUGCUGGGCCAACGCUGGGGGGCCUCACAGGCGCCUCGGGCGGGGGUUCCGGCAAGAGUCAGUCGCAGGUCGGCGGUGGUGGCAACUCAUCCUCCUCGUCCAGCAAGAAGAAACAACAGCAGCAGAGCGAGGCGGCACAACUGGCGGCCGCGGCAGCAGCCGCUGCAGCAGUGAAUGCUGGCGGUGGCUCAUCCGGUGGCGGAGGACAAGGAGGCAAGAAUGCGGCAGCAUCGCAGGCCUCCCAAUUGGCCGCCGGCUUUCCGUUCCUCUUCCCCAAUCCGUCGCUGCUGUACCCGCCCAUGGGGCUGGGUGGCCUCAAUCCCUACUCCCUGGGAUCGAGUGGCCUCGGCUCGGCCUACGACCAGCUGGCCCAGCAGUACAACCUGCUGAACGGAGUGGCGGCCACCUCGUCGGCGGCCAACACCUCCUCGACGCAGUCCAAGUCUCACCAGUCGCAGUCCAAGUCGAGCAAUUCUCGCAACUCGGCGGCUGCGGCGAAUGCCGCCGCCUCCAACUCGGCGGCCAAUCUGAUGAAUGCGAUGGCCAGCAUGAGCGGUGCCCAGAGCGUGGCCAGCACCGUGACGACGCCGUCCAGCUCCAGUUCGGGACGCGGCAGGCAAUCGAGCAGCCGCAAUGCCCAGGCGACGCCCACCGCGGCGGACAUGGCGCAGCUGAGCAGCCUCCUGAUGCCUGGCGCGGAUCCCCAUCUGCUGGAGUCGCUCAGCCGGAUGAGCAGCAUGGAUCUAGCCCAGGCCACGCGCCUGAUGAGCUCCCUGGGUAUGCCACCGCUGCCGGCGCCCUCGAGCAGUGGCAGUUCGAGUGCCAGCAGCAAGCGGGCGGCCGCUGCCGCCGCCAACGAAGCCUCCAAUGCCGCAGCGCAGGCGGAGAAAAUGGCUGCCAAGGAGCAGCAGAAGUGGUUCGAGAGCCUUGCACGUGGAGCCCUGCCCACGGAUCUGGCCGCACUGCAGGCCUUCUCACAGGGCAAGAUGCCCUCCUCGUCGUCCUCCUCGAACACGGGAGGCGGCAACUCCUCGUCCAGCAAGAGCUCCAAGUCCGCCUCGAAUGCGGCAGCAGCUGCAGCAGCGGCGGCGGCAGCGGCAGCCGCACAACUGCCACAGAUUCCGGGAAUGUCGAGCGACUUUUCGCAGGCAUUCCUCGCUGAGAUGGCCGCCCAGGCGAUGGCUGCGGCCGGCGGCUCCCUGCCAUUGAGUGGACCCGGAUCGUUGGCCUCACUCGCGGGUCUUACGGGAGGAUCCCAGGGCAACAGCUCCUCCGGCGGCAACAGCAAUUCCUCUGCGUCGAAGCGGCAGCGGGAACAGGACGCCUUCAAGCAACAGAUGGACUACUACACCAAGACCCUGGGUCUGGGAUCGGGCAUAUCGCUGAUACCCACGUCCUCGUCGGGCGGCAGCUCCAGCAGUUCGGCCAAUGCUGCGGCUGCUGCCUACGCCGCCGCCCUCGACGCGGAGCAGCAACACCACCAGCAACAACAACAGCAGCAGCAACAACAUCAGCAGCAGCAGCAACAGAAGUCGAAGCGAUCCCGCAGCGAGAUGCAUCCCACGAAGGAGGAGCUGGCCAAUGCCGCCGCCGCUUUGGCUGCCGGACUGCCGCUGAAUCUGGGGGCCAGCAUGAGCAGCAUUGAGAAGAGCCUGAGGGCGGGAAGCAGCUCCAGCAGCAGCUCCACACCAGCUCCCAUGUCCGUGGAGCAGGACAAGGUGACCCUGACGCCCUUGAACUCUGGCGGUGGUGGAGGAGGAUCCUCCUCAUCGAAUGCGGCAGCUGCAGGACUGGCGGCCAAUCUGCCGUCGCAGACGACCAUCACCAUAGCACCGCCCAUCAGCAGUGGAGCGAGUACGAGCAGCGAGCGCUCCGAACGCUCAGAGUCGCGCAUUUCCCUGACCAUCACGAAUGCAGCGGACGCCGCCAAGCUGCCUCCGCCCUACGAGGAGGCCGACGAGCUGAUCAUUCAGCCGAUACUCAAGAAGCCAGCGGCACCCGGAAGCAGUCACGGCGGCAGUGUCGAGGAUCUCGAUGCCGCUGGCAACACAUCGGCCGCCAACCUCAGUGGGUCAUCCUCAUCAUCGGCCGCCGCGGCGGCUGCAGCGGCUGCCGAAGAGAAUCGCCGGUCUUCCAAUCGCCUGAAGCGACCACGCUCCGGCAACGACCAGGCAGCCGCCAUGGAACAGCCGCCCGAGAAGCGACGCGAACUACGGUCCACCCGGCAUACGCGCCAGUCGGCGGAUGCCGCCACGCUGAAUCUAUCGGCGGGCAGCGAAUCGGAGGACCGGAACGAAUGAGUAUUGCGGAGAUCCGAGCGAACGCGCUAGCAGGACGAAAGGGCCCCCGAAAGGGGGGCCAUAACUAGACGACAAAACCCCAAGGAGACGAAAAAGAAAGUAAUAAUCAAGAA